AUGGCCCUCGCCAAUGGUCGGAUCCGACAAGGCUGGUCGUCGUCCCAUGCAUUAAUCCAUGGGGGAUGGGCAGCUUCUCUCCAGCUUUCUCUGAACGAGCUAUUUGAAGGAGAUCCUAUCUCCUCAUUUAGUAGCAGUCACGCGUUGGGCGUGGCGAAUCCUUGUUCUUUGCAAGAAGCGCUGUCCGUUGUCGACUUCAGGGGAGUCCCGGGCGGCUGGUGCGGCUCCAACUCCUCGUUGUUGGACUUCGAGCAAGGUGACGGCGUGACGUGUACCGGAAUCGCUGACUCAUGGCUGGCUGACGGCCGAAUCUACUCGGAUAUGAUGAAUGCCUACGGUUCUAUAGGCAGCCCUGUGAGAGAGGUUGAAAUCCAAAAGAGAAGUAGGUCGAUGCCAAUAACGCAGGAAAGUGAUGUGCCAAGUCCGAAGAAGCGAUGCGGUAACGCUCGAACGAUCAAGGAGAAGUCGAGUCCAUCCAAGGAUCCCCAGACUCUUGCAGCAAAGAACCGGAGGGAGCGCAUAAGCGAGCGCCUUAAAACUCUCCAAGAUCUUGUGCCCAAUGGAGCAAAGGUUGACAUGGUUACCAUGCUUGAGAAGGCCAUCAACUAUGUUAAGUUCCUUCAGUUGCAAGUGAAGGUUUUGGCAACCGAUGAGUUCUGGCCUGCACAAGGAGGGAAAGCACCUGAUACUGCUCAAGUGAAGGAGGCAAUCGAUGCCAUCUUAUCUUCUCACAGAGACGGGGACUGUAGCUCGAACCAGUAAACUCCAUGUAAUGUUAGCUGAAACAGAACUGCAAACAUCCUUAGUCUGGAGUUAUGAACAUCUGAAAGAGUACAGU